AUGCUAGCAUCUCCCUCUACCACACCAAGAAGCCCUCGUAAGGGAGGAAUGAGAAGAGGUUGGGUUCCCACCAAUUUCAUCAACCUGGUUCUGGGACCCACCUUCAAAAGAGCCUUUGAUUCUGGGACUCCUGUUAAGUCGGAUGAUCUCUCAAGAACCACGACUAAGCCUCCUUCCAUGCUAAUAAGUUUAGAAGUAGAGACAGAUCCAAAUGAAGACUCCACAUCCAUCACUGAGCUGGUUGUUAACGAUAUUGACGUCGCAGUUGGUCUUGCAAGGGUAGUGAAUCUUUCGCUUGACCUCUGUAUUUCCAAAGGUCUAGGUGAUGACUCACUGGCUCGUAGUGCUAGUCAAUUGUUGGUUAUGAAUGACAAGGAAGUGAAGAAAGCGUUGGCUUCAAGCUCUCAAGCCUUGGAGAAGUGCAAGGGUCUGAAAAUUGAGUCUGUGAAGGUUGUUGAUGAAAUGGCUCGGUUUUAG